GAGUGAGUGGAUAUGGGAGGAGAUGUCAGUGCUAAAGGUCAGCAUGUGCAUGUUGGAGUCAGUAUUUAUUGACAUCUCCUGCCAUCACUCCAUCUCUUCUCUUCUCACCCCUCUCUGUGGACAAACUCACCGCUGCAGACAUGAAGCUGAAGCUGAAGCUCCCGAACCCGGGUCUGGACGAGCGGAUCCCGUCUCACGCCGAGCUGGAGAAGCUGGAGCUGGAGGAGGCUGGAGAGCGGCCGCAGUGGGACAACAAAGCCCAGUACAUGCUGACCUGCGUGGGCUUCUGCGUGGGGCUGGGGAACGUCUGGAGGUUCCCGUACCUCUGCCAGAGCCACGGAGGAGGAGCGUUUAUGAUCCCGUUCCUGAUUCUCCUGGUUCUGGAGGGAGUCCCGCUGCUUCAUCUGGAGUUUGCCAUCGGACAGAGACUGAGGAAGGGCAGCGUCGGCGUCUGGAGGUCCAUUAACCCGUAUCUGACCGGAGUCGGCAUCGCCUCCAUGCUGGCGUCCUUCCUCGUGGGCAUGUACUACAACACCAUCAUGGCCUGGGUCAUGUGGUACUUCUUCAACUCUAUGCAGGAUCCUUUACCCUGGAGUCAGUGUCCGGUGAACGCCAACAGGACAGGUCUGGUGUCGGAGUGCGCUCGCAGUUCUCCGGUGGAUUAUUUCUGGUACAGAGAGACUCUGAACAGCUCUGCGGCGAUCGAGGACUCUGGAGGUCUGCAGUGGUGGCUGGUGCUGUGUCUGUUCUGCGCCUGGACCGUCCUGUACAUCUGCUGCAUCAGAGGCAUCGAGACCACCGGGAAGGCCGUGUACAUCACAUCCACGUUACCGUACCUGGUUCUCACCAUCUUCCUGAUACGAGCGCUGACGCUGAAAGGCUCUGUGAACGGAAUCAAGUUCCUCUUCACUCCAGACGUGAAUGAGCUGAUGAACCCGACCACGUGGCUGGACGCUGGAGCUCAGGUGCUCUUCUCCUUCUCUCUGGCCUUCGGGGGCCUCAUCUCCUUCUCCAGCUACAACUCGGUCCAUAAUAACUGUGAGCAGGAUGCCGUCACCAUAUCCAUCAUCAACGGUCUGACCUCCGUCUACUCCGCCACCGUCAUUUACUCCAUCAUCGGCUUCAGAGCCACGGAGAACUACGAUGCGUGUGUGGAGAGUAACAUCCUGACGCUGAUGAACACGUUUGAUCUGCCGGAGGGAAACAUCACGGAGAGCAACUACGACGGUUUUCUUCAGCAUCUCAACAGCACAGUGCCAGCCGUCUUUCAGGAUCUCCAGCUGAAGACCUGCGACAUACAGACGCUCCUCAGCGAGGGAGUUGAGGGAACCGGUCUGGCCUUCAUCGUCUUCACCGAGGCCAUCACCAAGAUGCCCAUCUCUCCUCUGUGGUCAGUGCUGUUCUUCAUCAUGCUCUUCUGUCUGGGAUUGUCCACUAUGUUCGGGAACAUCGAGGGAGUCGUGGUGCCGCUGCAGGACCUGAACCUGCUCCCCAAAAAAUGGCCUAAAGAAGUCUUCACUGGUCUGACGUGUGUUGUGUCUUUCGUGACGGCGCUCGUAUUCGUCCAGUCCUCUGGUAACUACUGGCUGGCUCUGUUCGAUGGCUUUGCCGGCUCUAUUCCUCUGCUGGUGAUCGCCCUCUGUGAGAUAAUCGCUGUGGUUUACGUCUAUGGGAUUGACAGGUUUAACAACGACCUUCAGUUCAUGGUGGGACAUAAGCCCAACAUCUUCUGGCAGGUCACGUGGCGGUUCCUCAGUCCCAUCAUCCUCCUGGUCAUUCUGAUCUUCUACUUUGUCACUACAGUCAGUAAACAGCUGACCUACAACGUCUGGGACCCUGCUUCGGAUAAUUUCCCCACUCUUAAAGAGGUGAACUAUCCGAGCUGGAUCAGCGGCAUCAUCUUCAUCCUAGCCGGCAUUCCCAGUCUCAGCAUCCCAGGAGUCGCCAUCAUCCGAGCUCUGUGGAAACACUGCUCGAAGGACAAGGAGAAGAACGACGAGCGCAGCAUUUCUGGAAAAGAAGCUAGUUUGAAUACGAUAGCGUAGAUCGUAUGGAGCGAUGAGGCCACGACCAAAUUAAGCUCAUGGAUAAAAUUUUGAAAUUACGUCAGGUAUUGAACUCUAACAUUUGUAUUAUAUACUCACAAUCCUUUUUGCAAUGUAUUUAUAUAAUACUUCUGUAUUAUAAAAAAUGAUUUUUUUUUCAAUGUCUCUAUCCACCUUAUUUUGAUACGCGAAACUAAUUUCAUUAGCCGCUAUAACUGGAACAAUAACAAAGUGUGGUAAAAUGUAUUUGGCUACAAGCCCAUGUUAUGAUAAUAAAUUAAUAUUAAAUGACAAUGAAUACAAAUGACAAGGAAUACUGAUAUCAAACAGCAUAACGCACAGUUUUUUGAGCGGAUGAAACCAGAAGCCACGCAUAUUCCCUUAACAAAACCUCACGCUCUUUAUUAAAGACAAGGUGGAUAGAAAACAGAUAUAGAGUCUGUACUUGUUUUUAAAGAGUGCGUGUUAUCGAAAUCAUUUCCCACAGGACACGCUGGAUUAAUUUACCAGCACUUACAAAACAGUUUGUCCUUAAGAUUUUACAGCGCUUAUCUUUGAGUGUUAAAUUAAUAAUUAUCAGAAGCUGAUAUAUUGUGCUCUCUUUGUUCUAAUAGAGGCUUUUUAUUUUACCGGUGAACUUACAGUCAGGACAGGCUGAUAAUCUACAGUUAGUUACUGUAAUAUCUUAUCUAACACACACACUUGAAACAAUACAAUCAGCGCAUGCUUAAUAAAGAUACUAAUGGAGUUCUGAAGAAGCCAGAGUUUCCCAAACCUGGUCUGGAAUGCUCCUAUGCGUAUUUCUACACAAUUCUUUAACAAAAGAAUAUUUCAGAUAUUUACUGUUGUGUGACACUUACAACAAUGCUGUAGUACUAUAGGAACAAUAAGACUUGGUUGAAUUCUUCUUAAGAUUCUAUAAAUCUUGUUUAAUUCAGACUAUUUUGUGACAGGGAUUCCCAAACUUUUAACAAGUGAACACUUUUGAGCUGAAACAUUGCCUGAGAUUUUCAGUUCAUAUUUUAGUAGCAAGGGUUUUAUUCGGAUUGUUUUUCAUUUUGAAAU